UGUGACAUCAGAGUCCAGACUUUAUAAAUGUCAGCAGGCGCAAGAAUGAGCAGUUAGCAAACAGCGUCACACAGGUUAGUGAGACAGACGGAGCUCCAUCAGCAACGAACACAAGCCCCCAUGGACCGACUGCUGUGCGACUGUGUGAUAGCUCUGGCUGGACUGCUGUGUGUGGCUACACAGGUGCUGUGCCAGCUGUGUGACAGGCCCUGCCUUUGCCCCACUUCUGUGCCCCAGUGUCCCUCAGGAGUCCCGCUGGUGCUGGAUGGCUGCCGCUGCUGCCAGGUGUGUGCCCGGCAGCGGGGCGAGCCCUGCACCGAGCUGGUUCCCUGCGACAGCCAGAGAGGACUGCAGUGCGACUACAGCGCCAGCUUCCCCGGAGACCCCGGGGAGUGUGUCAGUCAGGAGGAUCUGCGCUGCGAAGUCAACGGCAUCACUUACCGUGAGGGCCAGUCCUUUCAGCCCUCCUGUGACACCUACUGCCACUGCAGAGGCGGAGGGGUGAGCUGUGUGCCAGCCUGUCCUCUAAAUGGCCGUCUUCCCACUCCGGACUGUCCCAACCCACAACAUAUCCGGCUACCGGGGAAAUGCUGCAAGGAAUGGGUGUGUGAAAACUUGGAGAACACAGUCAUUCAGGACGCCAUCACAGCCAUGAGACCCGGCAGGCUGUGGCCAGCUCUCCCGAUGGAUCACCCUUUAAACAAACUGGUCCCACCUGCCUCCACCUGUACGGCACAGAGCACCCAGUGGAGCGCCUGUUCCCAGAGCUGCGGGGCUGGGGUCUCCACACGGGUUUCUAACCAGAACCCAGCCUGCAAGCUGCAAAUGGAAACUCGACUUUGUAAAGUGCGGCCUUGCCAUACAGUUCAGCCCAUCCCAAGGAAACCCAUGUGGGGACAGCAGGGACGGUGCAGGGCUAGCUACACGUCACCAGGGCCCAUUCGGCUGGUUCACCAGGGCUGCUACAGCACCCGGGCCUACCAGCUGCGUUACUGCGGACAGUGCACUGACUCCCGCUGCUGCACGCCUUAUCAGAGCACCACGGCUGAGGUGACCUUCCGCUGCCCCACAGGCAGACUGCUGCAGCGAGCUGUGAUGAUGAUCCACUCAUGUGUUUGUCACAACAACUGCCCCUACUCACCUUACAGUAACCCUGCUCUGUGGGGAUACAGGCCCUGAUGACCCCGAACAGUAAGACUUCACUGAUUCGUAUCACACAGACUUCCUCUGAUCAAUGUGCCUUGGAAGACAAAAUGACAAUUGUCGAUAAAAACUGUGAUUGAUUUGGGAUGAACGUCGAUCUUCACACAUGUACAAUCUCAAACUGCACUUAUUCACAACUCCUUUAUACUCCUACACAAAAAACAAAAAACAAGGAGAAAUAAGUUUAUAACCCCUAAAAGAAAAAGGUACAAUCACAAGUGUUUUUUAAGAAAGAUGUGCACUGAUUUUCCCUCUGAGACUUUCCCUCCUAGCGGUCAGAGGCCACAGCAAACCCUUUAAGUACAAAGGUGCCUGAUCAUGUAAUGCCAGUUGUAUGCCAAAAGUGGCAUUUUAAAAUCAAUCCUCAAAAUGACAGGGAGCCAAUAGAGAGUCACCAAAGCUGGUGUCAUGUGUGGUUUAUAUUUAGUUUUUGUUAAAAGCAUUGCUGCUGAGUUUUGGACUAUUAUUAGUUGCAAAAGAGAAAAUAUGCUGAGGCUCCUUAACAAAACUAUCCAGUAGUCGACACCGGAUACAAUAAAAUCAUGGUUCAUUAUGGAGUUCAGAAUUUAGGUUGGGAUCAUCACCAAAUGGGCCAAUUAAAUUUGUGUAAUUCUGCAUUACCGUAUUUGGGCGAAGAAAAUUAUUUAUUGUAAUUCAAAUACAGUUUUUUCACCUAAAAGACCCAAGUUGUGAAUUGAGGACAGUUGGCCAUAAUGUUAAUUUGGUCAUAAAGAUAUUUUUUAAAGACAUAUUUACAUUGCUUACCAGCAACAUGUCUUUAAGAGCAAAUGUCAAUGUCUUAAAAAUGUGUUUGUUUGAUAGAAAGUUCUGCCACAGAAUGACUCCAACCCUUGUGUUGACAGAUAAUGUUUUCUGACGUGAUGCAGUGCAACUCUUUGCUUGUACAGUUUUGUUUUUGUGUUUUUGUAGUCUUGCGACAUUGCACUUCUUUCUUUAUUUUCUGUUUUGUUGUAAAUAAUUCUGGACGGAUGUCUCUUAUGUAUAGUGAAACAUGUCUCAAUACCUUACAUAUGUCUUGCAUUUUUUACUCUCAAUGAUUUUUGUGUUUUUUGAUUUAUAUUUUUUCAUAUUAGUAUUCACAGAUUUCUAUAGUCAUGCUAGAGCUUUUCCCAACAUUUCACUUCAUUCAUCAAUAACUACUGUGCAGUGUGUUUCUUCCUUUUGUAAAUGAGCUGUUAAAUGUUAUGCUUACAGAAAUGCACAGCACCACAGAAGUCAUUUUUGGUAUACCAUAAAACACAUUAAGCCAAAUGAAUGAUUAGUAUUACUAUUAA